CCAUAAUUUUUUUAGUACACAUAAGUAUAAUAUCUAAAAUUUUAAUUUUAAUUUUAAGUCAUGAUUCUCAAAUUUACAAUAAUAAUAUAUUAUAUUCUUGUGGUUUCUAGUGAACAUGUAAAACAAAAUUGCAUGAUUAAUGAAUUUUCACAAGUAUCUGAGGUAAUUAAAAAUUGUAAAAAUAUUACGGUGUCCAAUCUAAAAGUUCCAGCAGGUGUUACCUUAGAACUAGAUCUUCAGAACGGUACCAGCGUUAUUUUUGAUGGCACCGUAGUGUUCGAUAAUACAUCUUGGGUUGGUCCAUUAAUAAGAUUUAAAGGGGAUAAAAUUAACGUACAUGGAACUGAAGGAUCUCUGUUAGAUGGACAAGGAGCUUUGUACUGGGAUACAGUGGGCGGUAUGGGAGGAUUAGCAAAACCAUACUUUUUUCAAAUAGAAACCACUGGCGGAUCAAUAUUCAAAAAUAUCACUUUACUAAAUUGUCCACAUCAUUGUGUAAUUAUAUCAAGUAGCGAUCUGACUCUUACUGGUUGGAAUAUUGAUGUUUCGGAAGGAGAUAAAGGAAAUUUAGGACAUAACACUGAUGGUUUUGAUAUCAUCUACGGUGAAAACAUAUUCAUAGAGAAUGCCAUAGUCCAAAAUCAAGACGACUGUGUGGCCAUAAACCGAGGCUCUAACAUGUUAAUAUCAAACCUUUACUGCUCAGGAGGACACGGUAUAAGUUUAUCAGUUGGUUUUAGUAAACAUUCCUAUCGUCACAAUACUGUCCACAAUGUCACUUUUAUUGAUUGUACUGUUGUUAGAUCACAAAAUGGUAUCCAUGUCAAGACUCAUAACGAUGGAUAUCUUGGCGAAAUCAAGAAUGUUACUUAUAAAAACAUCAAGUUUUCUGAUUUGGUCAACUAUGGCGUAAAUGUCCAACAAGAUUAUGCUAAUGGGACUAGCACUGGCCAUGCAGAAAAUAACAUACCGAUUACCAAUUUAACUUUAAGCAAUGUAACAGGUACUAUGCAUGGUUCCAAGGGAAUGGCUGUGCGUAUUUUAUGUGGUUCUGUUGGGUGCAUCGAUUGGAAAUGGUCUGAUAUUGCUAUAAAGGGAGCUAAAGAGCAAAGUUCCUGUAAUUUUGAACCUUUUGGGUUUACGUGUUAAAUAAUAUGCAUUAAGAAAUUCUGUUUAUAUUUUAACAACAAUAAAAAAAUUGAAAUUUUCAGUUUAAGAGUUAAGCUUCUCGGUGUAGUUGACGAGAGUAACCUCUCCAAUUUCUACUUUGCC